UGCCACGCAUUCCCACUGCUGCACAGUGAUGGGAAGAUGAUGGGGCAGGAUCCAGCUGCGUCGUGGGCAUGGCAUGUCCAGCUCCCUCUGACGCUGCUUUUCUUCAGUACAGAUGGGAACUGUGUUUUCCCACUGUGAAACGUUUUUCGUGGGUUUUUCUCUUGCUAUUGUUUGGCUCAGGAAACAGCAAUCAGUGUUGGGGCGAUCAGGACCUUAUUGGGCUUGGAGGGGAAAUACCAGCUCCCCCACCCACAUCCCCACAGGCAUUUCUGGUCCCGGUUGAGUAACGGCUGAAAGGGGCUGAUCCUGUCCUCCGAACAUGCCAAUAAAAUCCCAAUGGAGUUAGCCCAGCGGGAUGAGCUGAAGCCUCGUUGGGCUUCAGCGUUUCCCAUCUGGAGGGGGUGCUUGCCUGGCAUGCCAGCUCUGUGCCAUUGUGCCGUGGUUGGCAUUCACAUGCCACUCUGUUGCUUUUAAGUGAUCCAGGUAUUUCCCACUGCCACUGGCAUUUUGCCACCCCAGGCCCAUUCUUUUUGGAUACAUAUGUGUGAUUGCCAAGUGUGCAGCAAGGCACCAGGAUGCCAGCCCCAUCCAUAUCCAGCUGCUGCUACCAAGUUGUACCUGUGGUGUACCCUCCCAGCCCACACCAGGGAAGCUCAUUAGCACCACACUCAGUUACAUCCAUGGCAACAGGUUAAUUAACAACCUGAAGCCCCGUCUUCUGCUGAUAAACUGCUGCAAGAAGCAGACGGGGAGGGAUGGCAAGCAGGCUGUGACCGCAGUGACACACUUGUGCUGACGUGCACUGGAUCUGUGCUGGCCAGAGAGACCGCCAGAAGAAAUCUGUGCCAGUGGGAGAAACUUGCUAACAAGGACACUGAGUCUUCAAGCAAGUGGUUUCCCCCCAUCCCUCCCAUCUAGAGAUCCUUGGGUGCCUGAGAAAGCUCAGGAGCCUUUGCAGGUGAUGCUCGUGGAUGCCCUGGCUGUGAGGUGCCUGCAGCAAAUAAAAUAGGAUUUGGCCACUCAGUGGGCAUUGAAGAGGAUGCUUUGAGACCAGCACAGGAGUGGGAUGGGUGCUGGCUUGGCUUUGGGUGUUGGCAAGUUUUCGGCCAAUGCUGUCCCACCCUCAGAGGGCUCUUAUUGGUUGUCAGACCCUGGCAGGAUGAGUCCCAGCAGCCCUGACCCAUUGCGGGGUGACAACAGGGCGAGAAGGAGGUGAAGCUGCGAAGCUCGGUGCAUCGCAGCAGCGCUGGAGGUGCAGUUUGUGGCGUGGGCGAGGCAGAAAGCGCGAUACAAAGGGCUGGGGGUGCGAAGGCUGUGGCCGGCUAGAGCGUGUGGGUGCGGCAGCACCCGCGGGUUCUCAGCGCUGGCCUGGGUAGAGGUCACUGGAGCCUGUCCGCAUGUAAAGGCAAAGAAAAGGGUGGUGGAGCAGAGUGAUGAAUGAAGAGAUGGGGAAAGGGGAUGCAGAGGACAUUGCCCGGCUAGUUGUGAGGGGCAGAAGGGGUUUUGGCAGCCACAGUUGCUGCAUCGGCGUUGCUGGGGUGAGCCUGGGAGAACCCAUUUCUGCCAGGCUGAAAUGAUGGAGUGGUUUGCAAAUUACCCAGCUCCCAGAUAAUCUGCAGGAGCUGAAAGUACUCGAGAAAAUAAUUUUAGGGCUACCGAAUUAGGAAACUGCUGUUUCCUUCUGUUCCCAUCACUUGCGAUAAGAAGCCAAGGCCAGAACAGAGAUGUGAAGCAGGGAAUGGAAGAGAGGAUCCCUCCUGUGCUGAAUCGUUGGCGACUGAUGCCUGUGCCAGACUGGGGGCACCCUCUCCUUGCCAGGAGCCCUGGGACCCAGUUGUUGUCCUCCCUGGUGCUUCCAGCCCCACAGGCUCUGCUUUCACCCUGAAGGCCAAGUCAAAGCAGAGAGCUGCCUCGGAUGAAGGUCUUCCUUCUGCUCCUUCUCUCCCCCCUCCAAGGGGUGGGAGCCAAUGGCGACCAGGAAGAGGACUUCCGCUUCUGUGGUGACCGAAACCAGACCCAGAACAGCUCCGUCAUCUAUGAGCACAGCCCAGCCAACAUCUCCAUCGAGAACACCGCCCAAGCGCUGAUAAUAAAAAGGCCCUUUUUACCGAACAGGAGAAGCUCUUACUACAAGUACACCUUGCCCCCCACUUUGGGCAGGUACCGAUUCUGCAUCUACUGGUUCAAGGCCGACAGGACCCUGAGGCUGGUGUAUGGGAAGCAGAGCUUCCUCCUGGGGCGAGACCCAUCCAACAGCAUCACCCAGGGGAAGGAGAGUCAGAAGACUGAAAGAACCAGCACCUCCAUCUUCAACGUGUCCUACGUCUUAAAGGGCGGGAAGAACACCUCCCUUGCCAGUGCAUCUGAAUACUCCUUCUCUCUUCAAGGCAAUUAUUUUAGCGAAAUAAAGGAGAGCAUGACUGUCUGGGAGCAAGAUGUGGAGAAGCAUCUCAACACCUUAGACAGCCUCAUUGCCCAGCCCCUGCCACCAGCUGCAGGAGCCACGGAGCAACAGAUGCUUCGGCGGGAACUUGGGAAGCUGGAGAACAUACUGGCCAAAGUGGAGUUCGAAGGGCAGAACCAGACCUUUGGGAAGGCCACCGUGCAUGCAACUGUCCUGAGGGUCCAGCCCACUCAGGCUCCUCAGCACCUGGCCUUCGCUUCCCAAAGAGAGAAGGGCAGAGAGGUCCAUGGGUUUGCAGUGGACCUGCCAAGCAGCCUGUUCAUGAUGGCGAAGGAGAAGGAGGAAGUGCUAGAGCACAGGGUGCUCCUUGUGGACAUCAACAGCCAGACCAUGUUCCAGGAUGAAAACAGAAGCCAUGUCCUAGGUGACAAGGUAGUCGGCAUCUCCCUGGUGGACAUGGUGGUGGCCAAUCUCUCUGAUCCAGUGGUACUCACUUUCUUCCACAACCAGCUGCCGAGGAACGUGACCCCGCUGUGCGUUUUCUGGCAGGAGGACACCACUGACAGCUCUGGGAGCUGGGACAGCUAUGGUUGUGCAACAGUGACCACGGACAGCCAGACGGACUGCAGAUGCAACCACCUCACCUACUUCGCUGUGCUGAUGGUAUCGUCCCCAGACAUCACCUACGUACACAGGGAUUACCUGAGUAUCAUAACGUACAUUGGCUGCCUGAUCUCAGCUUUGGCAUCCAUUUGCACCAUCUUAUUCCUCUACUUCAGAAGCAAGCAGCGAGACCAGAUCAUGAGCAUGCAAAUCCAUAUGAACCUGCUGGGUGCCAUCUUUCUCCUGGACAUCACCUUCCUCAUCUCUGAGCACUUGGCUUCCAGCAGCAGCGAGGCAGUCUGCAGAGCUGGGGGGUUGUUCCUGCACUUCUCCCUCCUGAGCUGUCUCACCUGGAUGGGCAUCGAGGGCUACAACCUCUACAGGCUUGUGAUUGAAGUCUUCAACGCCUACCAUGACCACUUCCUCCUCAAGCUCUGUCUAGUGGGCUGGGGAAUCCCCUUCUUCUGCGUGACACUGAUCUUCCUGGCUAGCUGGACGAACUACGGCCCCUUCUCCAUUCCCAUCCAUGAAUCUGUUGGUGGCAGAUCCACCAAUGCAACUAUAUGCUGGAUCACGAGCCCCCUGAUUCAUAACGUUGUGAACCUGGGUUUCUUUAGCCUGGUGUUCCUCUUUAACUCAGUCAUGCUGGGGGCCAUGGUCCGGGAGAUUGUCCGGCAGAACAAGAAAGGCCACAAGCUCAAGCACGUCCUAGCCCUCCUUGGGCUGAGCAUCCUGCUGGGCAUCCCCUGGGCACUGGUAUUCUUCUCCUUCACCUCUGGCAUCUUCCGCCUUGUCUCCCUCUACCUCUUCACCAUCAUCAACUCCCUCCAAGGUUUCCUCAUCUUCCUCUGGUACUGGACCAUGGUGCUGCAGGCAAGAAAGUCCCGUGACACGCAGAGCAGCUCUGACAGCGUCAAACUGCAGCCCAACAGCAGAGAGAGCCACCUUGGCUGAGCCCCACUGUCACUGCGCUGCGCUGUGCCGGGGCUCCCUGUGUGGAGGACGCCUAUGGGAUGGACUGAUGCCCUACGCUUUGCUACUGCACACACCUUGUAGGGCUGCUAGGAGCCCAGGGACCAGCAGAGGAGCCAGCUGUCCCUUGCUUCUCACCUCUGCCAGCCUCAUCCCCAGUUUUCCCACCCCACCGUGUCCCGCUGGGCAGUGGCGAAUCCUUUGGCUUGGCAUCCUUGGGGCAGGAGGGAGGAGGGAUGCUCACCGGGGCAGUGGGGGCUGCAGGAAGCAGAAGUGGCCGGGACAGGUUCCCUGGUGCCUCCAGACAUCCCCUGCCAUGCCCUGAGGCCAGGGGUGAUGGGUGGGAAAGGCCUCCUCUUCAGCCCUUGAUGGUGGUCACUGAGAGGGUCCUCCCCUAGUGAAGACAGAAUAACUGCCCCCACGACACCCUCCUGCAGCUGAAAUAAUCUAUUUUUGUUAUUUUGUCGAUGUAUAUUUUUGGAUAGUGUAGAAGUUCAAUGAGCGCACCCGCACACCAGA